CGCGCGCGCCCGCGGCGUCGCGCGAUGCCGCACCCCGACGCGACGCUCAUCCCGUGCGCCAACGCCCCCCUCGGCUUCGACCCGGACGACCUCACGCACCGCGACGCGUGGCGCCAAGUCGGCGACGGCUCGUUCGGCAAGGUUUACCGCGGCGAACUCCUCGGCGAACCCGUGGCGAUAAAAGUCACGGCGAACGCGCGACCGGACCGAAUCGCCGGCCUGAAGCGCGAUCUGUGGUACCUGAACGCGUUCGCGCACCCGAACAUCACGCGCGUGUACGGGGCGUUCAUCGAGAGGGGCGAUUGUCACAUGGUGAUGGAGUUCGUGCCGCACUCGCUGCGGAGCAAGCGAGUGGUGAACGAGACGAAUCGAGUGAAGGCGCUGGCGGACGUGGCGAGAGCGCUGACGCGCGUGCACGCGGCGGGACACGUGCAUAGGGAUGUGAAGGCGAGGAAUGUGCUGAUAUCCGAGGAUUAUCAAACGGCCAAGCUGACGGAUUUUGGACUCGCGCGCGUGCUUCCGGGUGGGACGACGUCCGCGCGAGAGGACGUGAACCCGCGGUUGACGCCCAAAAUUGGACCGCCAAAGUAUCGCGCGCCCGAAGUCGAGAGCGGGGCGCCGUACGACUGUUCGAGCGACAUAUACGGGUACGGAGUGAUGUGUUUUCAGCUCGUCGAACAGUUGCGACGACGAACGAGGAAAACGAACGCCGACGAGGUUGAGUUUAUUCGUGAAUUAGGUCGAUUAGCGACGCAGACGAAUCCAGCCAAGCGCCCGACGGCGCGACAGUGCCUCGUGAUGUGCAUGAGUUGGUUGCGCGGCGGCGACGACGUCAUCACCCCAGACAUCUACCCCGGGCGUGACACGUUCAGAGAGAAGUAUUGGGUGCACGAUCCCAUGGACGGGGGCACGUGGAAGCACGACGCCGAGCCUUCAAAGUCACCGAGCGAUUCCGACAGCGAAGACGAACCGCUUUCGCCGAGCGAACGCAUCGUCGUCGACGGCGACGAGUUCGCGCACAACAAUCGAUCCGUGGACGCGCAGCGCGGAACGAAACGCGAUGAACGCGAAGGAAGCGACACGCCGGUGAGUGCACCUCCGAUAAACUCAGCUAAACGCGUGAACUCGACGUCCACGGACCUGCACGUUCGCGGCGAGUUGGAAGCCGUACGUCUCAACGCCAACGGCGUCAAGUGACGAGACUUGUUUUUUUGCCCGCGUCCGCGAUAGCUAGCGCUCGCGAAAGCGACGCCCGCGCGCAUCAGACGCAUCACACGACGACCGACGCGCAUUGUCGAUCGAAUAAGCCGCGGCGCUUUUGUACAUUU